CUCCCCAUUCGUGACCGCCCCGGGGAUGGCCAAGCGGCUGUGGCGGCUCUCGAGUGGCUAGCAGCGGCGCACGUGGCCGGCCGCGCGCUCCGGCGUGUUUACAUUCUGCGGCCGCUGCACGUUGUGCAGCUGUCCUCGCCUGCCAUUGGCUCCUCAGCCACAGCUUUGCUCCUCCCGGAGGGGCGGACCUUCCCGCUCGCAGCGUCUCAAGGAAGACCCAGGUGACCGGGGGCCUUGGCGGGACCACCGGGCGCCCCACGGGGUCGCCACUUCCUGACUGAUCUAAACCCAAUCGCUCCGCCUCCCCCGGAGCGCCAGGGCUGAAGUGCUGCCCCGCGAUCCGAGCACUACAGUGGGAGGGACAGGAGCCGACUGGCGGGAGAUGCUGGAACCUAGCUGAGGGCAGCGGACACGGAGGACGCUCUGGGAGGUUGUUGCAGCGGCGGCUCGCAGGAGUUUUUUAGGCCUGAAACAAGAGAAAUGUCAAGACGCAGUAGCCGUUUACAAGCUAAGCAGCAGCAUGCCCAGUCCAACCAGCCAGAUUCCCCCCAAGAAGCUCAGAUAAUUCAGACCAAGAAGAGAAAAACAGCACAGGAUGUUAAAAAAAGACAAGAGGAGGUCACCAAGAAACAUCAGUUUGAGAUUAGGAAUUGUUGGCCACCUGUAUUGUCUGGGGGAAUCAGUCCUUGCAUUAUCAUUGAAACACCUCACAAAGAAAUAGAAACAAGUGACUUCUCCAGAUUUACAAAUUACAGAUUCAAAAAUCUUUUUAUUAAUCCUUCACCUCUGCCAGAUUUAAGCUGGGGAUGUUCAAAGGAGGUUUGGCUUAACAUGUUAAAAAAAGAAAGCAGAUAUGUGCAUGACAAGCAUUUUGAAGUUCUGCAUUCUGACUUGGAACCACAGAUGAGGUCAAUACUUUUAGACUGGCUUUUAGAGGUAUGUGAAGUAUACACACUUCACAGGGAAACAUUUUACCUUGCACAAGACUUUUUUGAUAGAUCUAUCUUGACACAAAAGGAUAUAAAUAAAAACAUGCUUCAACUCAUUGGGAUUACCUCAUUGUUCAUUGCUUCCAAACUUGAGGAAAUCUAUGCUCCAAAACUCCAAGAGUUUGCUUAUGUCACUGAUGGUGCUUGCAGUGAAGUAGAUAUCUUAAAGAUGGAACUCAAUAUAUUAAAGGCUUUAAAGUGGGAACUUUGUCCUGUAACAGUUAUCUCCUGGUUAAAUCUUUUUCUUCAAGUUGAUGCUGUUAAAGAUGCUCCUAAAGUUCUUCUACCUCAGUAUUCUCAGGAAACAUUCAUUCAAAUAGCUCAGCUUUUAGAUCUGUGUAUUCUAGCCAUUGACUCGUUAGAAUUCCAGUACAGAAUUCUGGCUGCUGCCGCCUUGUGCCAUUUUACCUCCAUUGAAGUGGUUAAGAAAGCCUCAGGUUUGGAGUGGGAGAACAUCUCAGAAUGUGUAGACUGGAUGGUGCCUUUUGUUAGUGUAGUAAAGAGUACUCCUCCAGUGAAGCUGAAGAACUUUAAGAAAAUACCUAUGGAAGCCAGACAUAAUAUCCAGACACAUACAAAUUCUUUGGCUCUGCUGAAUGAAGUAAAUUAUGUCAACACCUUCAGAAAAGGAGGACAACUGUCACCAGUGUGCAAUGGAGGCAUUAUGACACCACCGAAGAGUACUGAAAAACCACCAGGAAAACACUGAAGUUAGCAAAUUGGAAUUGAACAAGUACUGGGUAGAAUUUUCAUACAAAUGAACUAAAAUUUCUACAGAAAAAUAGUGCUGUGAUUGUCUUUGCCAAUUCAGAAGUGACACUGCCAUUCUUUUAUUUAAAAACAACUUAAAACUGGCACUAAAUGGCUAGCAUGCAUGGACCCUAGGCUCAAUCCUCAGCACUAAAAAAGAAAUCAAAAAACUUUCAAAGAAAUUGGCAUUAAAGAAACUAUUUCCCUAUGGUAGCUGUUUAAAAAUAACAGCAAGACUUGUUUACAAAGAUGACUUCAUUCCCAAGGUUUUGAAUAGAAGCUAGCCACAAUUUAUGCCAUAGCAAUGACUUUUGUUUGUUUCUUUAAAAUCCAGUGUUACUAUGCUUUUCUUUAUAAACUAGGAAUAUUAUCAUUGGCAUUCUGAACUAUACAAGGGCUACCUUAAAGGAGGAUACAUUACCUGAAACAGUACUUUGAAUCUAGAUUUUAGAUUCUCAAAAUUCCUAAACUGUUGACUAGUGCAAUUUGGUUCUUGAAAUGAAAUUUA